CGGUAACCCACUUCGCCGCCGCCAGCCCAAACACGCGGAGCCAAAACCGGCCUCGUGAAUCGAGCCUUUCUUCUUCUUCUUCUUCUUCAUUUGGCCCGAAUUUUUUCCUCUAGUUGCUCUUACACAUUUAGGAAAGCAAAAUUGUAACAAAUGUUGGAGUGCGUGAGGUUAGCGGCAAUGCAGAUGCAAUGCCCAAAGCUUUGGAGUUGGUCCCCAAGCGAAAGACAGUUGAGAAUUCGAGCUGUUUCGGCAACAACUCCAACUGACGUUGACGCUUCCUCCUUUCCUGCUGCACCCAUUUUUCUUCCUCAAGGUCCUUGGUCUCAGAUUCCUGGGGGAGUUACUGCAGCACAAGGAUUCAAAGCUGCAGGCAUAUAUGGCGGAUUACGCGCCGUAGGACAGAAACCUGAUCUUGCACUUGUCACUUGCGAUGUUGAUGCCAUCUCUGCUGGGGCGUUUACUACAAAUGUGGUUGCAGCUGCACCUGUGUUAUAUUGCAAGAAUGCCUUGGAAUUUUCUGAAACGGCUCGUGCUGUUCUGAUAAAUGCUGGUCAGGCCAAUGCUGGGACGGGGGAUGCAGGCUAUCAAGAUGUCAUAGAAUGUGCUAACGCCCUUGCUAAGCUACUCAAGAUGGGGCCUGAGGAAGUUCUGAUUGAAUCUACUGGUGUGAUUGGCCAAAGGAUUAAAAAGGGAGCACUUCUAGAAUCUCUUCCCAACUUGGUUAGUUCACUUUCACAGUCGACUCUGGGGGCUGAUGCUGCAGCAGUUGCGAUCACCACAACUGACCUUGUUAGCAAGAGUGUGGCUAUAGAAACUGAGGUUGGAGGAGCAACUAUAACAGUUGGGGGAAUGGCAAAAGGUUCUGGGAUGAUUCAUCCUAACAUGGCUACCAUGCUUGGUGUGAUUACAACUGAUGCUGUGGUUGCCAGUGAUGUGUGGCGAAAAAUGGUUCAGAUUGCAGUAAACCGAAGCUUCAAUCAGAUAACUGUAGAUGGAGAUACUAGUACCAACGACACCGUAAUUGCCUUGGCAAGUGGGUUAUCUGGAUCACCUAGGAUAUCUUCCUUGCAAAGUCAUGAGGCAGUAGAACUUCAAGCAGGUCUCGAUGCGGUAAUGCAAGGUCUUGCAAAAUCAAUAGCAUGGGACGGAGAAGGAGCAACAUGCUUGAUUGAGGUCUCCGUGACUGGUGGUGAGAUUGAGGCCGAAGCAGCAAAGAUAGCACGCUCAGUAGCAUCUUCUUCACUUGUAAAGGCUGCAAUAUAUGGUAGAGAUCCGAAUUGGGGUCGCAUUGCUUGUGCUGCUGGCUAUGCAGGAAUUUCCUUUGACCAAAAGAAGCUUCGAGUGCUGCUAGGGGAUAUUUUGCUCAUGGAUGGUGGGGAACCACAGUUGUUUGACAGAGCUGCAGCCAGUGCCUACCUCAAGAAAUCUGGUGAGACGCAUGGCACUGUCGACAUUAAAGUGUCCGUAGGUGACGGACCAGGUCGUGGGCAAGCAUGGGGCUGCGAUUUGAGUUAUGACUACGUUAAAAUUAAUGCAGAGUACACAACAUAAGCACAAAUAAUCUAUUUGAGUUGACUGAUUUUGUUACCUGUUUCGGUUGACAUGAUUUCAUAACUUGUCAGUAGAAAGGAAAGAACUCAUUCAUGAAGCUUAACAUAGAUGAUGGUCAGUGUGGUAGUAAUUAAGUUAAAAAAGACACCCCUUGUGUUUUGUCUAAAUUACAGUGACACCCCCGUAACAAAAUUUAAUAACAUCAACACCCGCUUUUGGGCUGAUUCU